AGUGGUUAUGUUGCAUGCGUGUGCAUAAAGUAAUUAAUAAACCAUAAAAAAAUGUUAAACUAAAGUAAAAUUAAUUUAAAGUAAAAGGGGUCCUAAAGUAAAAUUUAAAUAAACAUAAAUUAAUUAAACUAGAUAAUUAAGUAAUUAAUUAACGAACAACUUAUAAAGUGUUCAACCUGAAUCCAAGAACAUAAAAAGAUCAAAAAUUUGUGAGCCUUGCUAAAUUGGUGGCUUCCCAUCAUUGGUGGAUGGGCUUAACCCUUUGGGCAAACCCCAUCACACUAGACUUUGUCACGGGCAUCGACAACACGGUCAAUCAUUUAAUUAUUGCCACGCAAGGUCGGUCACAAGCCCAUGCUAAUGGGUGUGGUAUUAUUAUUACCUUUAGAAGAUUGCGAUAAGAUUUGAGUUCUAUAUUUACUCUCUGUUUCAUGAAAAUUAAGAUAAUUGAUUAAUUCGAAGGUUACAAGAUUGAUUAAUCCUUUGUUUCCUUGUGCGCAAAGUAACCGCGUUCUUGGUUUGUUUCUCUAUAUAUAUCUAUAUAUAUGUGUGUUAUAGACAUACAUUGGCACAACGUUUUGGUUUUAUUUCAAAAAUUUUCCUUCUUAUUCUUCUUCGGUUGUUAGUGAUUUGUGGUGGUGGGUUUGUGUGUGAUUUUAGUAAUGGCGGAGAUGUUUAAUGUGGUAGUGUCUCCAAGCCAUGCUCUGUCUUCUAGGGAGCUGCCUUUCGCAUUCACUGGACUCCUCAACGUCUCGCUAAACAUACCAGAUUCUUCCUACUCUGCCGCUUCUCAGCUCCAGACCUCUCUGAGCUCUCUGUACUUCAAUAACUAUUCUCUUCAACAUCCCCAGCUUUGCCACCUCUUUGUUCACGACAGUUUAUCUAGGUUUGGCCUCCCUCAAACCGUCACUGAUCGUCUCGCUUCCCAUGUAGUAGAUGCUGCUCUGGCGCAAACGGGGUCGUUUUACUUGAAUGCUGCAGUGGAACCAGUAGUUGGAUUAUUACCACCAGUUGAUGGCCAUGAUGAUGGCCAGAAUUUUCAGUUCAUUGAUGACCAGCUGAUAAUUGAUCAGACCACCAGGAGAUCAUCACCGUCAUCAUCACGUUCAAGAACAAGAACAAGAACUCAAAGAACUCGAACACAGGUGGUUGACAGAUUGCAGAUGACUACCCAUGAAAGAGUGGCUGCAGAGGAUCAUAUUGAUGGUGAUAAUGGAGAGCUGGAUGGCUGUUGCAUCUGCUUGGAGGAGUUCACUGCUGGUACUGAGUUUCUGCGCUUUGGUUGUAAACAUGUUUACCACCAAAGCUGUAUUCUUAAGUGGCUGAAUAAUCAGAACUCCUGUCCUCUAUGUAGGCGUCCAUUAUAG